CCUCCUUGUCGGUGCCCCGCCCUCGCCUCCUCUCCUCUCCUCCCUCCUCCGCCUCCGUUCCUUCUCUUGCCCUCGCGUCUCUCGCGAACACAUUCUUUACUAUCUGUACGACCAAAACCUCAGAAAAUAGCCUUCAUCAUGUCUCUCGACUUCAACCAUCUCCGUAUCGGAAAAGCUGGCUCUCCUUUCAAUCACAAUGUCAAGAGAGCAAGUGCUUCGUGUAACACUGGCGGAUUCUACAAAUCCCCCUCUGCGGGCCAAUCCAUCGAAUACACAACCCCGCUCAACAUUUCUUGGGACACCUCCUGCCUCACAGCCGACGCCGUGGACAUCUACCUCUACUCCCCUGGCUCUAACACGCCUCGCAUCCACGUCUGGGAAAAAGUCUACUUCUCUCCCGGUUCAUACGAGACCGAGCUCGAACCCAGAUGGUGGAACUCCAGCAGCUCUAUCAGCCUUCAGCUUGCCAUCGUCGACCAUGGCACGGCCCCUUAUCUCGCUACUCUUCCGGCCGGUCCCAUGUUCACCGCUACAUAUACUGCUCCCAGCUCUGGCACCCCGGCCGUCGCCGACGUCACCAAGGCCGAUAGCGGCGUGACCGUCGUCAACAACAUGCCGACCACAUCACACGGCCUGUCCACCGGCAAGAUCGCCGUCGCCGUCAUCAUCCCCCUGAUGUUCAUCGUCGCCCUCAUCGUCGCCGCGUACUUCAAAAUAUCGCGCGAGCGCGGCAGGGAGAAGCGCAAGCGCUGGUCCGAGGCCGUCGAUAAGCGCAUGUCCACCAUCUCCACCGACUGGCGCUCCAUCUCCGCCGCAGGUGCUUCUGCUGCGAUCCGCAACAGCAUGGCCAUCCCGGGCAACCGCGCCUCGUCCUUCUCGUUCGGCGCGAUCCGCCCUAACAGCACGUUCGCCGCGGACGGCGGCCAGGCAGGCAUCGGCUCGCACGCCGUGCAGGACGGGGACGACGCGGCGCCCCCGAUGUCGCAGCUCCGCUCCGGCGCGCGCACCGCCGCCCCCGCCGCCUCCCGCGUCUCUCGCGUUUCGUUUGCGGCCGACGUCCGCCCCUCGAUUGAGUCCCGCCGGACCGUGACGAGCCGGGCCUUCCACACCGGGUUCGUGCCCCCCCUUCCCGAACGCCAAGACUCGGACACGACCGUGUCCUCGCCCGACGGCAUCCUGUCGCCCACGCAAACACACGGCCCGCUCUCUCUGAGCGUGGAGGAUAUCCAGUCGCGCCUCACUGGGGAGUCGGGCCCGCCGAGGCCCAGCAUGGACGAGAUGCUUCCUGCCCUGAGGAUGAUGCAGUCCGGUGCCAACGGCGCGAACGAGCCCGAGUACCUUCUCUCCCCGCAGUCCACCACCGCGCUCAACUUCCCCGCGCCGCCUACCCCAACCCACCCCCCGCUCACCUCUCCCGCGAGCCAGUCGUUCAUGCCGAUGCAACCCUUGCCCGCGAGCGUCAUGUCCCCCGACGAGAUGAUGCGCGCCUACGCCGAGCGCCGCGUCGCCUCGCCGACCGUCGCCAACGCGCCCGCGAUGCCCGCCGCGAGCUACGGCAGCGGGAUGCGCACGCUGUACUCGCCCACCACGCCGACGAGCGCCGCGCCGUUCAUGACGCACACGCAGGACAACAGGAAGAGCAUGGCGCCGACCAUGGGGAGCCGCUACAGCACGUUUGCGGAGGAGGACGCGUACGGCGGCACGGCCUGAGUGACGCCUCGGCGCACUCGCUGGCUUCCUUCCCCGCCGUCCGUCGCUACCUGUCGUCGUCCUCCCGUAUAGCCAUGAGCUGUCAAAACGUCUCGUAUCUUCCUCGGUCUUCCGGUCCUUUUUCCCGUCGUUGUUGUGGUGCCGAUAUUUAUUCUUCUUCUUCUUCUUGCUAUUAUCUUAUUGGAUAUAUACCAAUAGUGCUUUCUUGAUGGCCGCUUUCACCGGUUUCGUGAUCCUCGUUCCGUCGUCCCUGCGUCCUUUGGUCCCGUUUUCCCUAGUAGCCUCACCCGGGCGUCAGCGUCCUUUUCCUCUGUUUGUUCCCUCGUUCCCGCGCUGCCUAUUAUUUGAUCUUGUUCGCCUCGUCAUGUCGCCCAUGACAGGAAGUAGCUAUACUUUCUUAUCUAUACCUUCACGAAUCUCCGACUCUUGCCGAUUGGACAGGACUUGGACAAGAUUGCAUUGGACUGCAUCGCGUUGGAUUGGGCUGGGCGGGCUGGGCGGAGCAGGCCAAGACGGAGCUCUGCCCCCGCCGUCCGAUCGUCCCCGUAGCGCGUCGACCGUCCGCGUGUCCGUGCCCCCGUCUCCCGUUUCGCUGAGCUCGCUAGCGCUACGACAGGUUCGUCGCCUUAUAUACCCUACCCAUCAUCUCCCACCACGAUUUUGUCUUGUUUUUUUGACGGUGUGUGUUCUGGUUCUGGCUGUUUUGUGGCUUUGUGGCUUUGUGGCCUUUUUGUUCGUCGGUCGAUAUUGUGAUUGUAUACACUGCGCCAUCAGUUGUUUUGUUCGAAUGGGUGAUGUUCAUGAUGAUGCGUU